CCGGCGCCGGAAGCGGAAGCGCGUCACGGGCGGGCGGCGUCGGGGCGGCCGCGGGCGUCGGGGGACGCGGAGCGGGGCCGGGCGGGCGGCGGGCGACCCCGCGCCGUGCCCGCGCGGGCUGCUCGUCCUCGCGCGCCCGGCCAUGGCGGCGGCCACCAUCGUGCACGACACGUCGGAGGCGGUGGAGCUGUGCGCGCCGCUGGGGCUGUACCUGAAGCCCAUCACCAAGAUGACCAUCAGCGUGGCGCUGCCGCAGCUGAAGCAGCCGGGCAAGUCCAUCUCCAACUGGGAGGUGAUGGAGCGGCUCAAGGCCAUGGUGCAGCACCACCAGUUCUCCACGCUGCGCAUCGCCAAGAGCACCAUGGACUUCAUCCGCUUCGAGGGCGAGGUGGAGAACCGCGCGCUCGUCAAGGCCUUCCUGGCCUGCCUGGACGGCAAGACCAUCAAGCUCAGCGGCUUCGCGGACGCCCUGCGCGUGCGCGCGGCCGAGUUCAAGCUCGACUUCCCCACGCGCCACGACUGGGACUCCUUCUUCCGCGACGCGCGGGACAUGAACGAGACGCUGCCCGGCGAGCGGCCGGACACCAUCCACCUCGAGGGGCUGCCCGUCAAGUGGUUCUCGGCCCGCGAGCCGGGCGGCGGCAAGCCGAGCGAGCGGGUGCUGGUGCAGGUGUUCGAGAGGUUCGGGGCCAUCCGGCACGUGGACAUCCCCAUGCUGGACCCGUACCGCGAGGAGAUGACGGGCCGCAGCUUCCACACCUUCAGCUUCGGCGGGCACCUCAACUUCGAGGCCUACGUGCAGUACCGCGAGUACGCCGGCUUCAUCCAGGCCAUGAGCGCCCUGCGCGGCAUGAAGCUCAUGUUCAAGGGCGAGGACGGCAAGGCCGUGGCCUGCAACAUCAAGGUGUCCUUCGACUCCACCAAGCACCUGAGCGACGCGUCCAUCCGGAAGCGGCAGCUGGAGCGCCAGAAGCUGCAGGAGCUGGAGCAGCAGCGCGAGGAGCAGAAGCGGCGCGAGAAGGAGGCCGAGGAGCGGCGGCGGGCGCAGGAGACGAAGCAGAAGGAGCUGGAGGAGCAGGAGCGGGAGCGGCGGCGCGAGGAGAAGCUGCGGCGGCGGGAGCAGCGGCAGCGGCAGCGCGAGCAGCGGCGCAGCCAGAAGCAGCUGGACCGGCUGCAGGCGCGCGAGCAGCGGCAGCUGCACGAGAAGAUCCGCCUGGAGGAGCGCAAGCUGCUGCUGGCCCAGCGCAACCUGCAGUCCAUCCGCCUCGUGGCCGAGCUGCUCAGCCGCGCCAAGGCCGUGAAGCAGCAGGAGCAGGAGCGGCGGGACGAGCAGCAGCGGCGGCAGCAGCUGGAGGAGCGGCGGCGCGUGCAGGCGGCCGAGCUGCGGCGCGUGGAGGAGGAGAAGGAGCGCGCGCUGGGGCUGCAGCGGCGGGAGCGCGCGCUGCGCGGGCGCCUGCUGUCCAUCCUGCUCAGCAAGCAGGCGGCCGACCCGCACGGCCCGGCCGCCGAGCUGGGCGCCGCGCACGCCGACCUGCUGCUGCGGCCCGUGCUGGACAUCCUGCAGAGCGUCACCCGCGCCGGCCACACCAACGCCAACGCCACCGCCGCGGGCGCCAACGCCAGCGCCAACCCCAACAACGCCGCCGGCGAGCCCGCGCGCGACCCGCCCUCGGAGCGCGCCGCUGGCCCCCAGGGGGGCGCCCCGGGGCCCCCCGCCGAGAAGCGCAGCCCCCCCGGGGUGCUGGCCUGCAUCCCGCACAACGCGCCGCCGCCCCCCAAGCCCGCGCCCCCCGCCGGCGCGCCCCCCACUCUCGCGGGGACCCCCGAGCCGGGCGCGCCGGGCAAGGACGCGCGCGCCGCCUCCGAGCAAGACAAAUGCAACCGGGAGCCCAGCCCGGGGGCGGCGGCGGCGGCAGCGGCAGCGGUGGCGGGGGGCGCCCGGCGGGGUGGCGGGGACCCCCGGGACGCGCCCGCGGCGGGGCCUGAGGCGGCGGCGGCGGCCCCCGAGCAGCCCCGCGCGCGCAGCCGGGCGCGCCACCCCGGGGGCCACGAGGCGGCGCGCAAGGAGCGGCGCGCGCACAAGAAGCGCUCGCGGGGCGGCAGCAGCCCGCGCCGGAGGAGGGGCCGCCGGGGGGGCCGCAGCGCCAGCCCCGAGCCGCCCCCGGCCCAGCCCCGCGCGCGCCGCUCCCGCACCCGCUCCCGCUCGCGCAGCCCCGGGGAGCGCCGGGCGCGCCGCGCGCGCAGCAGCCGGGACCGCGGCAGCCGCCACCGGCGCGGGGAGCGCUCGCGCUCGGGCUCCACCGGCCGCCACCGCAGCGCCUGGAACCGGUAAUGCCGCCGGGGGGACCCCCUCCCCCCAACCCCGGGGACCUGUCCCCGCAGCUUUAAGUCCAGGCCACCCCUGGGAGAUGCGCGAGCGCGCGCGCCUGCGCCCGUGCCAAUGCGCCUCCGUGCCAUUGCGCGCG